AUAAAAACAGAGUUCUAGCUGGCGACUGGCACAGCGGUGUUAACAUCGAGAAUGGCGACGCAGAAAGUGCUUGUUUUGUUCUUCUCCUUUUGGAUGUUCGUCUCGUCGUCGUACCAAAUCCAGCUCAUUCUGGUGAACAACUGCAACCACAGCGUGUGGCCGGGCACUCUCGGCAACGCCGGCCACGACCACCCCAGGGACGGCGGCUUCCACCUCGCCGCCUUCGAGGAAGCAGUCUUCGACGUGCCUACCGGUUGGUCGGGUCGGCUGUGGGGCAGGACGGGCUGCUGCUUCGACGAGCGCGGGCGGGGAUCGUGCGCCACCGGCGACUGCGGCGGCGGCCUGCGCUGCGCCGGCGCGUGGGGAGUCCCGCCAGCGACGGUGGUCGAGAUGACACUGGGAACGGCCGCCUCGUCGCUCCAUUUCUACGACGUCAGCCUGGUGGAUGGAUUCAACGUGCCUUUGUCGAUGACGCCGGUGGGCGGCGGGGCCGGGUGCGGCGUCGCGGUGUGCGACGUGGACUUGAACGCCUGCUGCCCGGCGGGGCUAGUGGUGGAGAGGGGAGGGCGGGUGGUGGGGUGUAACAGCGCCUGCCUGGCUCUCCGGAGCGACAAGUAUUGCUGCACCGGCGAGUACGGCUCGCCGGCGAGGUGCAGGCCGACUCUAUUCUCGCGGAUCUUCAAGUCCCUCUGCCCUCGCGCGUACAGCUACGCCUUCGACGACGCCACGAGCUUGAACAAGUGCACGGCGACGCGGUAUCUCGUUACCUUCUGCCCUCCGGCGAAGUAGGAUCGCCGGAAUCGAGCAACGCCUGUGUUCAAUAUCUUAUUCCAGUACUCUUGUAGUUGUUUUGGUAACAGUGUUUUAAAUAAUUUUA